AAUACAUGAAGAAACUUAUGCUCCAAGGCCUCAAAAUGUACGGCGAGGAACGUUCGAAUAUAGUCAAGAUCACCCAAAGUGAAGUCAACGUGUGUAUGGAUAAAUUUGCCGCUAAAAACAACGAGCCGUUCUAUUACGACGACGAUGUUGAAACGAUGAUUUUGAAAAUUCUUGCAGAAGUGAUAGGUGGAGUUCAGUUUGCGGACGACCACCCUUUCAUCAAACAAACUGCGAAAGUGCAAGUAAAGUCUGGAAGAGUAAUGUCAGCAGGCAAUGGAGUGGAACUAGACAUGUUUCCAUGGCUUCGGUUUUUCGGAAAUAAAAAUUAUAAACUACUGAUGGAAGUUCGUAGAACAAGAGACGUUGCUUUUGCGGAAAUGCGGAAAGAAUGUGAGGAAUCCAUUGAAUCCAACCACAGCGUCAUUGGAGUAUUCAUAAAAGCCCAAAGAGACCCCUUAACACCGCACAAAAUAUCGGAUAAUAACAUCAAAUUUGCAUCAGGGAACCUUAUUGGGGCAGGAUUAGUCACAACUAAAGGCACAAUCUCUGGGUUAUUUCUUCUACUGAUGAGGCAUCCAGAUAUACAGGCAAAGCUUCAAGAAGAGGUAGACCAAGUUGUCGACACGAGUGUUGCAGGAUAUGAUGUUCCAAAGGGAACACAGGUUUGGACGAACAUAUUUGCGAUGCACCACGACCCCUUGUUGUUUCCUGAUCCUUGGCAAUUUAAACCAGAACGUUGGUUGGAUAAUGACGGUUAUCUGGUUUCUUUGGAAGAAAGAAACAAAGCUAUUUCGUUUGGAGCUGGUCGACGUGUUUGUGUCGGGGAACAAUUUGCAAGAACCAGAUUAUUCCUUUUUUGUGCUACGUUGUUGCAGAAAUUCACGAUAACUCCACCAGAAGGCUCUCAAAGUCCGUCUCCUGAUCCACGUGACUUUCCUCCUGGAAUAGUACUCCAACCAGUUCCAUUUCAAAUAAAAGCAAUAGCGAGACAAUAAAUCAAA